GUACUCAAUGCAGGAGAUGUUUGAGGUAGUAGCCAAUGUCCAGGAGUAUUGCGAGUUUGUGCCCUGGUGUAAGAAGUCCCUGGUGGUAUCCAGCCGCAAGGGUCACCUGAAGGCCCAGCUGGAGGUUGGCUUUCCUCCCGUCCUGGAGCGCUACACCUCUGCAGUUUCCAUGGUGAAACCUCACAUGGUCAAGGCCGUUUGCACUGAUGGCAAGCUCUUCAACCACUUAGAGAGUAUCUGGCGAUUCAGCCCUGGUAUUCCUGCCUAUCCCCGAACCUGCACUGUGGACUUUUCGAUUUCCUUUGAGUUCCGCUCUCUGCUGCACUCCCAGCUGGCCACCAUAUUUUUUGAUGAGGUUGUCAAACAGAACGUUGCUGCUUUCGAGCGCCGGGCAGCCACCAAGUUUGGCCCAGAGACAGCCAUCCCUCGCGAACUGAUGUUCCAUGAAGUGCACCAGACCUGAGGCAAAGGACUGCUCCCCAGCCUUCGCUCCCUCCCAACCCGACCCUUAUUUAUUUGCUCUGAGAGGGGUGCGCAACACUGUCCCUCCUAUUCCCCAGAAACUGGGCCCUGCACUGGCUGGAGAUGCUGAGGGAAAGCAGAGGUUGCGGAGACUAGACACGCCUGGGGAAGGGUCAGGCCUAGCCCACAAGUCCCGGAUGUCUGUAGCCUGUUCACUGUGUGCUUGUUUCUGGGCCCUGGCAGGACAUUUCAAUAUCUGACUGAGAAGAGAACAGCUUCUUGAACCCUUCAAUAAACUGAGCUUCUCCUCUGGCACAGAGAUACUGGGUACUGAA